GCGGCCCCGCCCACACGUCUCUUCCUCACCUUACGGCAGAGCUCGGAACCGCGCCUCAGAUUCUCCCUCCACUGGAGAGGAAUGUCGCAAGGUCGGGGUAGAAAACUCAGGGUUUGCGACUGUAGCUCUCGCUUUCCGGCCAGCACCGAGGUGCCUGAAGGCUGGUUGGGGUGGUGAGGCCCGAGGCAGCUUCUGGAAUUUCUGAUCAGCCCUGGUCGGUACAAGAUGGACCCUGUAGUCUUAAGUUACAUGGACAGUCUACUGCGGCAGUCAGAUGUCUCACUGUUGGAUCCUCCAAGCUGGCUCAAUGACCAUAUUAUUGGAUUUGCCUUUGAAUACUUUGCCAAUAGUCAGUUUCAUGACUGCUCUGACCACGUCUGCUUCAUCAGCCCCGAAGUUACCCAGUUCAUCAAGUGCACUAGCAACCAAACAGAGAUUGCCAUGUUCCUUGAACCCCUGGACCUCCCCAACAAGAGAGUUGUAUUUUUAGCCAUCAAUGAUAAUUCCAACGAGGCAGCUGGAGGAACCCAUUGGAGUUUGUUGGUUUAUAUCCAAGACAAAAAUAGCUUUUUUCAUUACGAUUCCCAUAGCAGAAGCAACUCAGUCCAUGCAAAGCAGGUAGCAGAGAAACUGGAAGCUUUCUUAGGCAGAAAAGGAGACAAACUAGCCUUUGUUGAAGAGAAAGCCCCUGCUCAACAAAACAGCUAUGACUGUGGGAUGUAUGUGAUUUGUAACACUGAGGCCUUGUGUCAGAACUUCUUUAGGCAACAGCCAGAAUCACUAUUGCAGCUACUCACUCCUACAUACAUCACAAAGAAAAGAGGAGAAUGGAAAGAUCUCAUUGCCAGACUUGCCAAAAAUUAGCUUUCAAAGUAUAUCUAUGACUUUUGAAGUCUUCUCUUUCUGCCCAUCCCCAUUUAUUGGAUGGCUGCAGUCUCAGUGCCUGAAAGAAGAUGCCUAGUAGGGGGAAGCUUAGUGUUCUUUUAUUUUUCCCUGAAGAAUGUCAUCCUCUGCAUUAUCCAAAUGGAAAGUUUCACUUUAACCCUAACGUGAGAGGAGUGUGCUCUGUGAAAAUGUCUUGAAGUUAUGCAUCAAAACCUUAAAACCACGCUAUCUUAACGUUUAAUUAAUUCCCUUUUUGUCUCCCUUAUCCACAUUGCCUUAUUCCAAAGGAAAAGCAGCGAUCUUUAAAGAAAUCAAGUAUAUGUGAAAUCUAGAGGAAUGUAAGAAGAACAUUACAGAAGAAGCAAAAACUUACUGCACAGCCUACAGCCUACAUAUUUAAAGAGAUCAACUGGCUAGAAGCAGGUCAAGAUCUAACCUAAUUCAAGAUCUAAAUAUUAGGAGAAUCAAUUACUCAUUUCUGCGACGUCUCUUCCAUUCACCAUGCUUUCCUGGCUAUCUUUGUAAUCUUUGCAGAUCCUUGAUAAAGAUGAUGUUAGCCUGUCUUCCCCCAUCUGAUUCCUGGACUGCUUUAAGAAAAGGGGAAUCUUGAGUAAUUUCAUUAAGAUAAAUGGCUGUUGGACCUUUUAAUUUGCUCAGUAAAUGGGUCGGCUUACUGCUCUGCAUUGAUAACAGCUUUUCUUAACCUCCUCUGUUAGCCACGCACACACUCCUUCCUUGUAUCCAAAGUUUUGUGGUUUUAAAACUUGUAGCUGAUAACUUUCCAAGGUUACCUGUAUUGCUAAUAAAUAUUACUGCUUUCUGAUAGUCAUAGUUUUUCCUUUCCUUUCUAUCCAUAAUCUGGCAAAAUUGUUUCCAGUUAUGUCAUGGUGAUGUCAGGAUUAUUAUUGUAGCUAAAACUUGCAAGCUAAAAGUUGGUUUGUUUUUGCAAUUAUAAAACAGAAAAAGUGACCUUUCUCAACCUUUCCACUUAAUUCAAAAUGCAGACGAUGUUUUUUAAAUACGGAACCAAGAAUAAAAAGAAAUGCUAUCCCUCCUAAA